AAACUUCUGCUGCAGAUUCGUCCUCGACCAACUGGAGAGCUUUGAGAAAGGUCUCAAGACAACGAUGGAAAUGACCACUACCCCUUUCUAUCACAACGAUACAAGAAAUGUAUCAGGAAUACAUUUCACUGAUGAGUAUGCUGAGCUGAAAAAGUCUCUCCACAUCAUGUCUCUCAUUGUUUACUGCCUGGCCUUCGUUCUCGGUGUGUUCGGGAAUGGAGUGGUUAUCUGGGUGACCGGGUUCAAGAUGAAGAAAACAGUUAACACAGUUUGGUUCCUCAACCUUGCUGUGGCCGACUUCCUCUUCACAGCAUUCCUGCCCCUGGGUGUGACAUACACAGCCAUGGAUUUCCACUGGCCUUUCGGCAACUUCAUAUGCAAACUGAACAGCACUAUAAGCUUUCUGAACAUGUUUGCCAGUGUCUACAUCCUGGUGGUGAUCAGUGUGGACAGAUGUGUGUCUGUGAUGUGGCCCGUCUGGGCCCGGAACCACCGAAGUGUACGCAAGGCAUCCUGUGUGAGUCUGGGUGUUUGGGUACUGGCUCUGAUUCUCAGCGCUCCAUACUUCAUCUUCAAGGACAAUGGGCCAUCAUUUCAAAAUGAAGACAUCAUCAACUGCUUCAACAAUUUUGCUCUUUCAGAUGAUUUUGAAACACCUUCUGUGAAUCAGCUGCGACAGUUUCGUCAUCAGGCCAUGACCAUCACCCGCUUCCUCCUGGGAUUUGUUGUCCCCUUCACUGUCAUUGUGUCCUCCUAUGCUGUGAUAAUCCAUCGUCUCAGAAGGAACCGCACCCUGGCCAGCCAGUCAAAUCGCCCCUUUAAGAUCAUUGCUGCCGUUAUCACCACCUUUUUCCUGUGCUGGGCUCCUUAUCACAUCAUUUGUCUGAUUGAGCUGGUUAAUCACACGGCAAAUCAUUCAAGUAAGACAUUAGACCAUGUCAUCACUAUCGGUGUCCCUAUUACCUCCAGCCUGGCCUUUCUCAACAGUUGCCUGAACCCGCUGCUGUAUGUGUUCAUGGGCCAAGAUUUCAAGGAUGAAGUCCGAUUAUCCAUCCUGAAUGUAUUGGAAACAGCCUUCCAGGAAGAGGAGACACGCUCUCAAACUGACACAAAGUCGGUGGACACCAGUCAGAUCAAUGACAAGUCAGCUCUUAAUACUGAAGUAUAGACUGUCCAUGACAUGAGGACAAAAUAUUAAAAUUGUAAAAAUAAUUAUCACAAAUGUAACUGAAUAUAAAACUUGUUUUAGCUGUUUUUUCCAGUUUUGUAUACAUUUCUCUUUACAUUUUCUCAAACUAAAAGUUUUCAAACUGAUAAAUUUUGAUUGAUGUGUGGUUAAGAGAACAAAUCAAAAAUUUAAAAUAGGUAUAACAUUGGUUUGUGAUUCAAUUUUUCAAAACAAAGGGAUCUAUGUUCCUUUCAUUUGUGAAGUGCAUUACGGAUUUUGAUUACUUUAUUUGUGCCUGUAUGUGUUAGCAAAGAAAAUGUUAGUUAUUUAAAUUACAUAAUUAUACAUUCAUAAAUAAAAACGCUGGUACAUAAGGUAAAUGAAAUAGUAAUGAUAGUAGUCUGACAAAGAACAUUGUGCCUUUCUUGUUACAGAUUAUAGUAGACAAUAAACAUUAUGGAACAGAAUAUAGAAUCUACAGUGUGAAAUAUUAUUUCUGAACCACUUCACUAACAUAUUUAUAACAAGUUAAUUUCUACAUCAUAGUCCCCAUCUACCCCACUUUGCAACCAAUUUAACCCACCUUCCUCUACCUUCAAGACAUGAGAAAAACUGGACACAGGAACAUGACAGUCCCCACAGAUACCAUGUUUUGGUUGCUCUGCACCAUUUUUGGAUGUAGGUCUUACUUUGUCAUUUCCUCUUUUGGUCUAUAUAUUAAUUUUCUCAGGGUAUAUCACCCUUAAAUGUUUCUUACGGCACACUGAGCACCUGGACCCACUGAUCUACAUU